ACAGUAGUAGUACUAUAGUUUUUUUUUUAAAUACUCCAAUAAUUGCCUAACCGUGGCGCGGCCCGCCGGCCUUCACCGGCACCGCCGCGUCCGGGAACAGACCGACUGCCGCCUUCCACGUGCCCGCGGGUUCUCCCUCAUCGAGGCAACCCACAGCGGCGCUGCCGCACCGAAGCCGAAGGGGGCCCAUCACUCCGGCGCUGGGUUAUCCGAGGCCGUACCGGCGCUGGCAGGAGGCGGAGGGCGCGCCCUGAAGGAAUCUUCCGGAUUAGACCUGGCUUGCUCUGACCUGCACCCUCUGGGUAUUGCUGUGAUCCCUUAUCUCCUUGGCAUAGCGAAAAGUAGGUUUAAGGUGUGAUGGCAGUACAAGACCCGCAAGCAUCAGCUUGUAUGGUGUGUUAUUCAUCUGCAUAUAUCUAUGUUCUUGCUCUGUGCUUGGGCAUCGUUGGCAUUGUGGCUGGCUGCCUGCUUCUCUGCAGAAGUAUUAGCUCUUCGCAAAGGCUGCUCUUUUGCUCUGGGCUUGGGGUUUCCGCAUCCUGGGCAUAUAGACUGCUUCUUUGCAUAAGUAUUGGCUUCUUGAAAGAGCUUCUUGGCAAAGGCUGCUGUAUCUUGUUCUCUUGAUUCCCCACCAUUUUGAUUACAUUUGUCAUGGCGCCGGAUCAAGAUUAUGAUCAAGAUAACAGUCAUGUGGAUGAUACCCAGAAGUAUUUUUUCAAGUGCAUGGUUGGCGAUUUCCCAGAAAAAAUGGCAAGCCCUGGCCAUACCACAGAAGUUUGUGGAUAAUUUCAAUGGUCAUAUCUCUGAAGUUAUCAAGCUAGAAGCUCCUGAUGGAAACAUAUACAAUAUUCAGGCUAUCAGGGAUCUGAACAAGAUAGUCCUCGGAUCUGGAUGGGGGGUAUUUGUAAGCUUUUACAAGCUAAAAGCGGGCUACUUCCUGGUCUUCAGGUACAUCAGAGAUUCUCACUUCAAAGUUCUGAUAUUUGAUUUUGGAACUUGUUGUGAGAAGGAAGUGUUCCACGUUCUCAUGAACUGCGGCCCUGAUUCCCAAGAAAAAGAAAGCAACAGUGAGUCCCAUCGAAGGUGCGAGCUCUGCGAUGUGCAUUUUUAUUGGCAUCACCUGGAUGAUAGGCAGAAGCAUUUCCUGAGGCUCAUGGUUGGGGAUUUCCGUCAAGAAAUGAGCAUACCACAGAAAUUUGUGAACAAUUUCAGAGGCCGGAUCUCUGAAGUUAUGAAGCUAGAAGCUCCAGACGGAAACAUAUACAACUUUAAGGUUACCAAGGAUCUGAACAAGAUAGUCCUUAGAUAUGGAUGGGCUGCAUUUGCCAGUGAUUAUCAACUAAAAGAGCAUGACUUGCUGGUGUUCAGAUACAUUGGGGACUCUCACUUUAAAGUCCUAAUAUUUGACCCAAGUGGUUGUGAGAAACAAUUAUUCAACAUUGUCUUGAACCAUGCUCCUAAUGUACCAAAAACAUGCAUAUCUCAUGAUCGGUCAUUCCUCAGGGAAACAAGGCGCCGAGACUGCGGAUCACACGAUAACAACAGUAGGAAAACUAAAAAGAUGACUCCAGUGGACUCUCCUUCACCGAGAUCUGAAGGUGUCACGUCUCCAGAAGUCACCAUGAAUUCAGCUGGCCUUCGGGAAAUCACCGAGCCUCACUAUGUCCUAGCAACGGGGUGCAAUCUGACCACAGCACAGAAGGCAGAAGUCGACGCGCUUGUGAAGAAAGUUAGGCCUGUAAUUCCAUUUUACAUCACAGCCAUGAACAAGACAAGUAUGUCUGGAUCUCUGGUCAUCUGCAAGGAUUACGCUGCCAAAUACCUUCCACAUGAAGAACAAUUCAUCACACUCUGCCAUCCUCAUAAGAGCAACAUAUGGGUAGACAAUUUGAAGGUUAUCACUGAUGGUUCAUGCAUGCUUUCUGUUGGCUGGUCGUGCUUCGUUCUCCACAACGAGUUGCGGGAAAGUGACAUCUGCCUAUUUGAAGUAUCGAAAAACGACGGUGAAGUGACAAUGGUUGUUCAUUCUCUUGAAGGAGGUCAUCACCUACAAGGGAAAGAGCCCGAAUCUCAAAACAAGUGCAGUUAUCCAGUUAAGGUCGAGGUGACCGAGGAAGAGGAGAGUGACAAAGAACAUGCCGAGUCCAGCUACUACUACUCAAGGUAUGCCUAUGACCUGACCGGCGAGGAGCAAGAGGAGAUAUUCAGGUCAGCGUUGAUUCAACAGGGCAAUCCGGUAUACGUCGCCGUCCUGCAGGAGAAUCAUGUUAGCAGCAGGAAUAACUUGCUGACCUUCCCCAGAGAGUUUGCGGCUAAGCAUCUCGCGGAGAGGUCGCAUGACAUCCUGCUCCUGAGACCUAACAGGAGAGAGAAGUGGUGCGUGAGGUACUACUACCAUUCGAUGAUGAGGAUACAGGGUUUCAGCUACAGGUCCUGGACCAAGUUUGUCUCUGACAACGGGCUGCAGGAGGGCCACGUCUGUGUCUUCGAGCUGAUGAAAGGCGUGUGCGAGGCGACGAUGAUGGUCCACGUUUUCAGGAAGUUCAAUGGGAGGUUUGUUCUGCUGGACUAACUAGCUAGGUUCCUGCGUAGCUGCAUCCAUCUUAAUUUGUGGUUGAAUAACUGAAGCUGUUGUCACUGGGAGCUGAAAUGGGAGUAGCUUGUGUACCAGUAGAAGUAGUUGUCGAAACGUACCGUGUGAAUGUUCACUCCUGAUCACCAGCCAUGACUGUGAUUUCAGAACCAAGAGGAAUAUUUCAGUGCUUGUAGCCGUAGGUAGAAGGCCGUGCCAAAGCAUCUAUGGCUCACUCCCCUGAAAUUUUAUUGAAUGUAAAUCGGUUGACUGAAAUUUUAUUAAAUCUAUGUGCACAUGUUACUCGAGGACA